UUUGCGAUAAUUCAUUUUGUUAUUCUUUCUUUAUUGCGUUUCCGAUUAAUGACUGCUAUCCUUCUUUCAGCUUCCAUUACGAGCGGCAUAAAUCUUUCUUCUCCGUUUUUCUCGGGAAGCGUGGGAGAACCGCAUUUACCUCGCGCCUUCGGCUCGCCCGCAACAAGUGUUCCCUAAUCGAUAACAUGCCCUGCGAGACCCUUUCAACGACGCCAUGAGUUUCACAGGAGUUAAUUCGUACUUCACAUUUCUCAUGUCAGUGCCAUCGCUGCGGCGGAACCGGCGGCCGUCCACGGGAACAUGGUCCAGGAGGUUCUCGCAGCUAGCACCGCCGAGUGGUGAUCGCCAACUCUCUCGCGAAGCGGAACAAAAUUGUGAUUUUCGUGGCGGCGUGCACUAUGUGCCGCAGGGUGUGAAGAGACCGUGUUACGUCACGCCCAGGAACAUCUAUGGGCCGUAAACGGUGGUGGCGAGGAGGUCUGGUGGAGCUCUUGGUGCUCUGUGUCCUCUAUCACGUCGUCAUUCUCGCUGAUGGCAAUGUUGGAUGCCUAUUUAGCGAAAACAUAUGCGACCCCGAGGCGGAAAAGUGCUUUGACGAUCUUGCGUUUGGCAAAUGUAUACCUCGGUACACGAAUUUAGAAAACGAUGAUUUAUAUCGAUAUAAUCUCGAUAAAGGUGAAUUGGAGCUAUUAAGACUGCAACUAGAGAAACUGGAAUCCGACGGGUACAAGUGGAAGCAUCCCUUUACACAAUGUAUUAUGCAAACGUCGCUAUAUAAUCUCCGGCAUGGACGAGACGAUCCCCCCGAUAAACGUCUCUGUGAAUACCUAAAAGAAUCAAGUUUCGAUGAACAAGAUGGACUUAUUGACAAGGUAAUUCCAGCGGUCGCCAUACUAAGAAUAUCCACGGACAAUGAAAAUCCUGAGAGUAAUUUGGCCGAUGCUCUAUAUCGUUCCACAGACAUCGAGAACAACAGAUCGCCGACUUUUUAUGGCGAACAAGAAUUAUUACCGUACAAUUGGAAAUCCAUCGGACCUUACAGAUCUGAAUAUAAGAACUGGUAUACCGAUAAGAACGAACAGAAUUCAGUCAAUGACGAAGAAUACGAGUACAGAAAAUACUUAUCGAAUGACGUAGACGAGCAAUUAUAUCCACGCAGGAUGCGUCGCUACAGCUUCGUCGAUGGAUAUAGAAAUGAUGGUAUUGAACCACUCAAAGAUCUGGAAGACGAAAAACUGCCUGAAGAGAAUGAUGACAAAAACUUUUAUAACAGGCAGUUUUUAUCUGCCGACGAGUUUGAAUUUUUGCCAAACGAAAAAUCAUCGGAUUAUACGUUGCUAGAACCUUCCUCCGAUGACGAGAAAAAUGAAAGAGAAUACGAAAGAGCCUUUUCCAAGAAAUAUAAACAUCGAAAGAAACCACCGCACCUUGAAUUCCUCGAUUCUGAUGCAUCGACGGGACUGGAUAAUGAAAAGAGGACAGCGAUCGAACGUGAUGAGGUUGAUUACGAGGAUGGUGGAACUGACGAAAAUAAUUCGGGAGAGCUCGAAGAAUCCGAUACUUCUUCGAAAUUAAACGACAUGUACACCGAAGGAGGAGUUAUGCGACCUUUGAGACAUAAAACUGACGCGAGUGGGACUUUGUAUGAUGAGGUAUAUGAUGACAAUGACUUGAACGCAUAUCUGUUGAGACGAGAAUUGGCUGGCUUCAAGCGCAGAGAACGUUUAGAUGUUAAGAAACCUGGACCGUUAUUUUCGACAAAUAAUUACGCAUUUAAAACCCAAUCUCCGCCUAUCUCCCUCGACAAUGAUUAUUCGGCAUUGGACAAUCAAGAUAAUAACGAAAUAUACGCACCGUUAACGAAAAAAGAACUACGCGGUACGUACAAAACGAAUGAAGACUCAUCAAGAACUUAUAAAAAUGUUGAUCUGGAUUAUGUUUAUAUCAUAUUCGAGCAAGAAUUUCACACAUGGCUCGAAGGAGGACACGUGAUCGCUAAGGUCGAAGAACUCUUAGGAUUGCCUUCCGGGACUUUGACAGAUAUACGAGUAGGUCGCGCAGAAGUAACAUUCAAGGUCAAUCAGAACGACAAAAAUUAUAAUGCUACCGAUGUAGCUAAUAAUAUUGAUACAAUACGUGGCAAAUUACAAGAUGCACUAGGAAUCAGAGUCAUUCGAGCAGGUAUAGGCAACAAGGCUAAAUUACCGGCCACUCUGGAGGUAGCCAAAGAAAGUGAGAUGAACUCUAGUUUGUUCGGUGCGUUGGUGGCCGCUGGCGUCGCAGCCGCGAUCGCGGCCGCGGUGGUUACGCUGAUAAUCGCACGUCGCCAUGCAAAGUGUCGAGCAAAGCUCGCCGGACUGACCACUCCAGACCCGGAGGCGUCCAAAGACUAUCAAGACUUGUGCAGGGCGAGGAUGCAGGCGAAGCAACCGAGCGAAAAGAUAGAAUCGCCGCGUAUCACUAGUCUAUCACGCGAGAACGAGUCUAAUAACCUGCCUUCCAAUCGCUCCAGCACGUCCUCUUGGGGCGAGGAACCUACCCUCUCCAACAUGGACAUAUCUACCGGUCACAUGGUUCUUAGUUAUAUGGAGGAUCAUUUGAAGAACAAGGAUCGCCUGGAUCAGGAAUGGGCGGCUUUGUGUGCCUACGGAGCCGACCCAUCAUCCACGGAGAUUGCGGAAAGCGAAGCGAACAUCCAACAGAAUCGUCCCGGCGCGGCACUUCCCUACGAUCAUUCUCGGGUAGUUCUGAACGAUCUUGCGAACGCCAAUAACUCCGACUACAUAAACGCUUCCACAAUCAAGUCGACGGAUCACGAUCCCCGGAAUCCGGCUUAUAUAGCUACGCAAGGGCCGCUACCACAGACCACGGCUGAUUUCUGGCAAUUGGUUUGGGAACAAGGCAGCGUAGUAAUCGUGAUGCUGACGCGACUCACCGAAGAAGGUCGCGCCAUGUGUCACCGUUAUUGGCCCGAGGAGGGAUCGGAACUCUAUCACAUCUACGAGGUGCAUCUGGUAUCGGAGCAUUUCUGGUGCGACGAUUACCUGGUGCGCUCCUUCUAUCUCAAAAAUCUACGCACCUGUGAGACACGUACCGUCACGCAAUUCCACUUCCUGUCCUGGCCGGAGAACAGUGUACCGUAUUCCACGAAGGCUUUGCUCGAAUUCCGCAGGAAAGUUAAUAAAUCAUAUCGUGGAAGAUCAUGUCCGAUAGUCGUGCAUUGCAGCGAUGGAGCUGGACGAACUGGUACUUACUGCUUGAUCGACAUGGUCCUAAAUCGCAUGACAAAGGGAGCGAAGGAGAUUGAUAUCGCCGCUACUCUCGAGCACAUUAGGGAUCAAAGGCCCGAUAUGGUUGCUACGAAACAACAAUUCGAGUUCGUUCUGAUGGCAGUGGCGGAGGAGGUACACGCGAUUCUCAAGGCUUUGCCGGUACCGCCUAGCGAGAAAUCCGCCACGGCAAGCGGUUCUUCACCUGCGAAAUCGGAACAGUGAAACUAACGCUGGCAAAUCAACCCUAAACAGUAUCAAGAAAUCUGGACGGUUUCUAUUUUAUUCUAUUGGACUUAACAAGAAUUUCAUUGUUUCCUUAUUCAUUUUUUUACGAAUAAAAUUGAAAAGAGUCUAUUUUUUUUUAAUAAUUUUUGAAACUGAUACUUUCACGAUUCAAUACCGAUAUUGAUAAAAAGUCCAGAUAGAUUAAACAAUUAUGCCUGCCAGCUAUUUUGUACUAUUCAGGGUUAAAAUUACAAUCGAGAUGCAAAAGGUAAGAAGUAUCUACUAUUGCAUUUAUUUUGAUGUGUCACGUGGAAAGCCAAGUACUUUUACUAGCUGUUUACUACGAUGUACCCUAUUAAGGAGUAAAGACAAUUCAGUUUUUUUUUCGGUUUAGAAUUUUCUACACGCCCGGUACUUCCCGAUUAAUGCACCUCUUCGCGUGUCAUUAGUUUUAGAGUGCACUAAAACGUCGCGAGCUUCUUCUUUCGUACUCCGACUACUGCUUCUCCGAAGCGCGAGAAAAGAAAUGAUAGUCAAGUCGACUUGAAUUCCUAGAGCACAAGAAAUAUAUAAACGUAUAACCAAAGUUUGCAGUUUUAAGUUAAGUGCAAUGUAUAAAGAGGAAAGUAAGAGCAAGAGACUUGAAGAAAUGCAUUUAUGUUGAGCCAAUCUAAAAUGUGAUGCAUUAUUUUUUUUCUUAUCUACUCUGUAAGAUGACCGUUGACACCGUUUUAUUAUCAUCGCGUACAUCCCUUUCUGCUCAUUCAGAUGCGGCCUAUUUCAAGGAUUAAGUACCUGUAGAGAACAGAUAAACAGACAAACGCAGAGACCGACAUAGAUCGGGAUACGGUUUGCCAGAGGCAACG